GUUACUAUGCAGCUUGGACUACUUAUAGUGGUGGUUUUUCUAAACUCAGUGGAUCUUACAGGCAGCGGCGGCAGUGGCAAAGCACUGAAAGGCAAGAGGCAAAGGCGAAUCAGUACAGAGAUGAGCCAGGGGUGUGCCAAAGGAUGCGAGCUGUGCUCUGAAUUCAACGGGUGCCUCAAGUGUUCACCGAAACUCUUCAUCCUUCUGGAGAGGAAUGACAUCCGGCAGAUUGGAAUCUGCCUGCCCUCUUGUCCCUUGGGCUACUUUGAUGUGCGCAACCCAGAUAUGAACAAAUGCAUCAAAUGCAAAAUUGAGAACUGUGAGGACUGUUUCAGCAGAAACUUUUGCACAAAGUGUAAGGAAGGCUUGUUCUUGCACAAAGGGAGGUGUUACACAGCCUGUCCCGAAGGCUCCUUUGCUGCCAACGGCACUAUAGAAUGCAGCGGUCCUGCACAAUGUGAAAUGAGCGAGUGGGGUCCAUGGGGCCCUUGCUCCAAGAGAAAAAAACGGUGCGGCUUCAGGAGGGGCAACGAAGGGCGUUCCCGCAAGAUCCUCCAGGCCCCUACCGGGGAUGUGUCCUUGUGUCCAGCCACCACAGAGCUCCGGAGAUGCACGGUGCAGAGGACCCAGUGUCCAGAAGGACAGAAAAAGAAAAAAGAAGACCAAGGCAGGCGAGACAACACGAACGAGGAGAUAAACCGAAAAGAUGCCAAAGACAGCAGGUCUGGGGGCAAGAGGAGGAAAGGCCAACUAAGGGGAACGGUUGUGCCAGUGACUUCUGCUCAGUAGCUGUCCCUCCACAAUGGUGCGAUGGCAAAACUUCAUUGCUGCUAUGUACAUGGAAACUUUAGUGAACCAGGACACUGCACCAUGGCACCACAAGAGACACAGCUGGACUCAGUCCACAGGCACCAGCCCACAUCUAUUCAACAUGUAUCUGAAACAUGCCUGUUCCUUGGGAGAGCAACGAAGGACUCUCCUGGGUGACCCAUAAGCACCACGGGCUUUCUGCUGGGAUAUUAAGGGGAAAAGAAUAUUUCCAGCCAGAAGAGACGGAACAUCCCCAGCUGAAGUGACUGGGACAGAAGCGAGUUUCUGAUGCAGAGGAGGAGACUGGAAGCCACUUGUUCGAAGCCUGGAACUGC